AUGCAGCAAAUAUUGGCCUUGUUUAUUUUGGUGGUAACUUUCCUGCAAGGGACCGCCCAAAGCCCGGAAAAUGUCAGCAGAUUGGACCCGGACUCGGUGCCACCAAAUCCAACAGUCCAUCAUCCUCCCGGCUGGAUACCGUAUAUCAAUUGGUCUACUGAGGAAUUGAGGAGAUUAUUCGAACGUUUGGAUAGUGAUGGAGAUCACGAAAUUGAUGCUUUUGAGGCUUCGAGGGAGCUCGGAAAACGCGCUCUGAUGGCCGUCCAGCCUCGCGCUAUAAUGCUGAAAGCCCUGCUAAUAUUCUACGCUGUAUUCGCCUUGUUGAUAAAAGCAGAAAGGCUACGCGAGCAAUUCGAAGAAUUCGACGCAAACCGUGACGGCUUCAUCACCGUUGGUGAAAUGCAGCAGGGUAUGAAAAAGCGCGGUGAUAGCGGCGGAAUUGGGUUUUG